CGCGCCGCCCGCACAGAUACCUUUCCUCUCCCCCUCCCCUCCCCUCCCCUCCCCUCCCCUCUUGCCCCCUUCGGCCUCCGCGGGAACCCAGCGGCCGCCGGCCGCCCGCCCGCCCGCGCCAUGACGAGCUCCUCCUCCUCCUCCUCAUCCACUUCCCGGAAGGCGCUGAGCAAGAUUGCGUGCAGCCGCCUGCAGAAGGAGCUCUCGGAAUGGCAGGUCAACCCGCCCGCCGGCUUCAAGCACAGGGUCACCGACAACCUCCAGAGGUGGGUCAUCGAUGUGGCUGGGGCGCCAGGCACCCUCUACACCGGUGAGACGUACCAGCUGCAGGUGGACUUCCCCGAGCAUUACCCCAUGGAGGCACCUCAGGUUAUAUUCCUGCAUCCAGCUCCGAUGCAUCCGCACAUUUACAGCAAUGGGCACAUCUGUUUAGAUAUAUUGUAUGACUCAUGGUCCCCAGCGAUGACGGUCAGUUCUGUCUGUAUCAGCAUCUUGUCUAUGUUGUCAAGCUCACCGGCAAAGCAACGCCCAGCCGAUAAUGAUCGCUAUGUCAGGAACUGCCGCAACGGGAGGUCACCGAAGGAGACCAGGUGGUGGUUCCAUGAUGACACAGUGUGAUGGGUGUUCCAAUUGGCGUUUCCUUCCUGGCAGCAGCCCCCUCCAGUUGCCAGAUUGCUUUACAUGGGAGAUGAUUUAGGCUUAAUUCAAUCGACCCAUUUGACCUGAAAUUAACAUGCCCCUGUGGUUGUAAAUGAAUGUGCAUCAGCGGCAGGUCCUGCCAUUGUUACCUUUGUUGAUAUAGAAUAAUGUUUGUAUCUUGUCAAUUUACGGAACAGACACAAAAAUGCAAUGCAGGUUGAACCUUUUACUUGCUGGAUUU